UGCGUGUCCAGGCAAUGAGUGCGCGGCAGAGCCCCACCCAGCUCACUUUGUCCAAUGAGGACCCAGGAACCGAGCUUGGGGCGGGGCAUGGUUCGUCUUUGAAACUGAGGCGCUAGCUGCAGGAAGAUGGCGGCUCGGCCGCGGAGGCAUCGCUCGCGCUUUGCAAAGCAGCCGCGGGGUGACUUUUGUGAUGGCGCUAAGAAGACGAUGGAUGAACCUUCUCUUACGACUUCCAUGGAGUGGGACACGCAGGUGGUGAAAGGGUCUUCGCCACUCGGCCCCGCCGGGCUGGGGCUGGAGGAGCCGUCAUCCGGCCCGCGGCUGCCAUGGUGGCUGCAGCCCGAGAGGUGCGCUGUGUUCCAGUGUGCGCAGUGCCACGCCGUGCUCGCUGACUCUGUGCACCUCGCCUGGGACCUGUCGCAGUCCCUUGGAGCCGUGGUCUUCUCCAGAGUCACAAAUAAUGUAGUUUUGGAGGCUCCCUUGCUAGUUGGCAUUGACGGUUCGCUCAAAGGCAGUACUUACAACCUUUUAUUCUGUAGUUCCUGUGAGAUUCCCAUUGGUUUCCACCUGUAUUCUACUCAUGCUGCCCUGGCUGCCUUGAGAGGUCACUUCUGCCUUUCCACUGACAAAAUGGUGUGCUACCUCUUAAAAACAAAAGCCAUAGUAAACGCAUCUGAGAUGGAUAUUCACUACGUAUCUCUACCAGAAAAGGUUGCAGAGCUGAAAGAGAAGAUAAUGUCAACGCAUACUCGCUUAAAUUCACUCACAAGGAUUCUGAAGGAAGUGACUGCUGACCACUCCAAGCCAACAAACUGAUCCAGAAUCAAAGCUUGAGUAGCAUGUUCAGGCCUUAUUGCUGUCUUCAACAACAGGUGCUAUUUGAUCAAUUCUCAAGAAAGAUCAGUUUCAAGGACGGAUGGGAAAUGUGGUUUAUUGUUUACAUCUACACUGAUUUUCCAAGUGAUCUGUGAAGCUGUUUCUGGAAGAUGAGAAACUAAGGAGACUUCUGUCCACGUUUCAUAGCUAUUUGUCUUAAGAAUUUAUUUUAACUUCUUAUCAAUUUCAUAAUAUUUCAAAAAACAUUUUGACUGCAAAUUUAGCGAUUAAGAGGCAGUGUCCCAUGAGUGCUCUGAUCUAAAGAUGCAUGUUUGGCCUGAAAAUAGCAUUGUACUUAUGUUGACUAUUAUUCCUACAUGGAGCAACUGUCAUGAAUACUGAGAAAUCAUUUUCUUCUUAUGUGAAAUACGGGUACAUACAUUUUCUGUAGGUUAUGUUCAGUAAGUUAACUGCAUAAUAUAUAUUUAUCUUUCC